AUGCCGUCCCGUUUUUCCAAGAACCGCAAGAAACGCGGACACGUGAGUGCUGGCCACGGUCGUAUCGGCAAGCAUCGUAAGCAUCCAGGUGGUCGUGGUAACGCUGGUGGUCAACACCACCACCGUAUCCUAAUGGACAAGUUUCACCCUGGUUACUUUGGUAAAGUUGGUAUGCGUCACUUUCACCUGCUUCGCAAUCGCUCGCACUGCCCAACAGUGAAUGUCGAGCGUCUUUGGACGUUGGUGUCUGAGAAGACGAAGGAACAAGCUGAAAAAGCUAAGGACGGCAAGGCCCCGGUCAUUGACGUUACCAAAGCUGGUUUUUUCAAGGUGCUUGGAAAGGGUCGCUUGCCUGAAGUACCUCUUAUAGUCAAAGCCAAGUUUUUCUCAGCUGAAGCAGAAAAAAAGAUUAAAGCCGCUGGUGGUGCUUGCCUUUUAACUGCGUUUACAGCGUCUCCGGCUCAUAAAAUUCAAUCCGAGGUCUAUAAACAGCGUCAUGGGUCAUCUUCAAGCGCAAGAGUCGAGGCUUCAAGCGUGGACAGCGCGUAUGUGCGUUCCAUAGCCAGCGAUAUAUUUGCCUUGCAGAAUCUGCUUGGUCUGCUGACGAGUAACUCGGACGUCGCCCAUAAUUUAAAGCUGUUCGUUCAGCGUUUGUUGCAAUGUCAUGGUCAGCAGCACCGAGUAUUCGUGACAGGAAUCGGCAAGUCAUGGGCUGUAGCGCAGCGCUUCGCGUCAACGCUGUCGUCUAUUUCAAUCAGUAGCCAAUGCAUUCAUGCAGGAGAAUGGAUACAUGGUGAGCUUGGCUGUUUGACACGCGGAGAUGUUGUCAUUCUUGUGUCACAUAGUGGACGUACAUCAGAGUUGCUUCCAUUACCCGACUUGUUUCGGUCAGCUGGGUGUUAUGUGAUGGCCGUUGUUGGAGAUGCGAGCUCACCCCUGAGAACACAUUGUGAUUUGACUGUUGUUGCACCAGCGGAUGAUGAGGAGAAGUGUCCUGUUCCAUCUAGAAGCAUUAUUGUUCAGGAAGCUAUUUGUAAUGCAGUUAUUCAGCACUUAGUCGAGAGCAUGGCUGAUAGCAUGAAAAAUUUGAAAAAAAACCAUCCUGGAGGUGCCAUUGUUUCAGCUAAUUGUAGCUCGCUCACUAGUAGCGCUGUCUCUGCAAUAGAGUAUCAUUUUCAAUUCUGUGGACAUAAUUAUAGAAGACGGCAAUUACGUUUACAAUCUCAUUCGUUCAAUCAUGAUAAUGUGCAAUCAGAGUUCCUGGAAUCGAAGACUAAAUUUUGA